AUGACAAAAUUUUCAAUUUUUUCCAUCUUUGUAGCUUUGUUUCUCUUCAAAUUUGCAACUUCAUUUGAAAUUGUACUCUCCUUAUCUCCUACACCAAGCCCAAAACAUAAAAUCCCAGCAUCACAACAUAUUUCUCAUUUAACUCCUAAGAAUGCCUUAGAAAAUCCACUUUCCCCACAUUCAAUCCCUAAGGUAGAAAUAGUAUAUCCGCUUUCUAAAUCUAAAGUUUCUCCUAAGCCUUCACCAAAUAAAUCUCUUCCUUCACAUUUGGCUCCUAAAAGCUCAACAAUAACUACGGAUCAGUCCCAUUCAAGUUGGGGUCAGAUGGCUCCUAAAAGCUCAAUUAAACGAAAUAUUUCUCCAAAACCAAUUGAAAAGUACACAUCUAACUCAAUCUUGGCUCCUCAUUCUCAUGUAUUUUCUUCAAAGCCAAUUCAUUCAACCACUAAGGUUACAAAAACAUCUCCUUCUAAAUCUAGACUUGCUCCUAGGCCUACACCAAAAAAAUAUUUGCCAACACAUUUGGCUCCUAAAAUUUCAAUAAGUAAACAAAUUCUUUCUCCAAAACCAUCAUCAAAGCCAACUAGAAACCAUGGGUCGAAGUUUUUCCAAGUAAGACCUAAAGUUGGAUCUCAUUUUACCACUAAACAAGCAAAGAAGCAACAUAUUGUUUCUCCACAGCCAACUCCAAUCACUUAUAAACAAAAGGUGAAUCCCAAACUUGCAGCCAAAUCAACAAGAAAGUUUUCUCUUAAUACACAUUUGGCUCCCAAAUCUACUGUUACAAAACCAAAUAGCCUUCUCAGUCCAACAAGCAAGAUUAUCACUAAGUCACAUUUGGCUCCGAUGGAAGCACCAAACUUGACUCAUAAACUUACACCUAAACAUGGGACUCACUAG